AUGCGCCGACUGGACCCCCACUCUACGAGCCCCUGUACCCCGGACUCCUCCGGCUCGGACACAAGCUCGGCCCUCGUCCGGAGGAGAGCCGGCGGUAGGAGGUCCAAGACCGGCUGUCGGACUUGUCGAGCCCGUCAUAAGAAAUGCGACGAAUCUCCAGGUGCCUGCACCAACUGCACAUCCACAGGCCGAACCUGCGAUGGAUAUGACCUCCACCGGCUGCCCCGCGAGGGACGGAGAAAGACACUGCGGGUGGAAACUGCAUUACCCAUGGCACUCGCAAACGGGCUGCAGUGGGUGAGGAACACUGAUGAGCAACGAUCGUUCUCUCACUUUCAGCAUCGUACAAUUCCCACAUUCGUCGGAUGGUUCGACUCGUCGCUAUGGCAGAAACUGGUGCUUCAGAUGAGUCAUGCAGAGCCCGCUGUUUAUCAUGCAGUCGUGGCACUGAGUGCCAUUCACCAGGAUUCCGAGAAGAGAGGCAUGCCGCUCUCCAGGGAGAACUUGGGGAGUACCUGGCAUCGAUUCGCUUUGGAGCAGGCCGCGCGGUCUUUUGCCUUGCUUCACGCGCGACCGGCAUCGCAGGACCCCCGCUUGCGGGAAGCCACCUUGCUUUGUUGUUUACUUUAUGUGAUCUCGGAAUUGCUGCGUGGUCAAUAUGACAGUGCCUUCAAUCACCUUCGUGCUGGUCUUCAGAUUUUGAAAGAACUGGGUGCCCACAAACAGCUUGAGCCCACAGCAGCCUCCAAACCAACAGUGGAGCAGUCUCUCGUCGAGGCAUUCGCGCAUUUGGAUGUCCAGUCUGCCCAGUUCGACGUAGGAGGACCACUUUUACGUAUCCAUGAGCAGGACCACCCUCUGCCUCGGAAAGGAGAAUAUCCGGUCUUUCGAACCCUCGCAGAGGCACGUCAGGUUUUUGAUCGUCUAAUGGGUGCAGUGCUUGAAUUUACUAGCCUGUCCUGGAACUCUACGCAUAUUCAGAUCAUCUCUGAUUAUGAAACGAGAUAUAUGAAUCAACUCAGUCUUUGUAUGCGGGUGGAGGAAUUUGCCCAAGCAUUCAACACCUUUCGCAAUCAAACACACCUUCACUUGAACCCGAAAGAGCAAAGAGGAGCAGACGUAAUCUACCUACAUCAGCGGACAGUAGCCCUUGCCCUCCAGACCUGCCUAUUGGACGGAAAUGAGCCCGUGCUUGACCAAUACACUCCCGAGUUUGAGAAAAUCUUAUCCCUAGUGGAUGCAAUCAUGCGCACGUUCCCAGAGCGACCGAGCGUCUGCCUGGACAUGGGUAUCAUCCCGCCUCUAUUGUUUGUGGCAACCGGCUGUCGCGAUUACAAUGUACGCUGGCAGGCCAUUGAAGCACUUAGUGCUUGGCCCCACCGUGAGGGGCCGUGGGAUUCAAAUCUAUGUGUGCAAAUGGCUGUUGAGACAAUGAAACUAGAGACAAUGAACAAGCUCAACGUACACGGGAAAGGAACAGCAUUGGAGAAUCCGACACCGGCCAUGCGGCGCAUGUUGGUGACGGUUGCCCCUGACCAACGCCAGGCUCGGUUUUCAUACGUUGUGGGAGAUACAGAACACGAACGGUGGUUUGACUUGGAUGGAGACAUCCCUGUCAACGGACUGAUUCUCUGA